UUCAGAUGAAGGCGUAUCGUGGAGAUUUGGUUGCACGGGCUUGAACGGCCAUUAGAGGGUCUCCCGCCAAAGAGUCACAGUGCUUAGUGCUCUAACUUCCGCAAUGGCUGCAUUCUCUGUCACCACUUCUGCUUCUCCGUAUCUUCUUCGACGACGUUGCGUCCCGACUCCUUCGCUUUCUUCACAUCUACAGGGUUUUCUGGCUCCACGUUGCCAUGCUAUUUUCUGGAUGAAGAGGCAGAGACUGUUUCCUUUGAAUUGGAGGAAGAGGAGAACUUUGAUAUGUGCAGUCGAUCAAGAUGCUGAGGAAGCAUUCAAGAAGACUGUGGAAAUUGAUAGGCUCAUAGAUAUGCUGAGGGAUUCAAAUCCUCCUGACCUUCAGAAACUCGUUGUUGAAAAUAUCCUUGCCUUCAAUCCAAGCUUUUGGAUCCGCCUUGCAGCAAGAACUGAUACUUGCAAAUCUGAGAAUGAUAAAAAAGAUUAUGAGGAGCUGGCUUUAAUUGUGAUGAGCAUAGUGGAUCAAUUGGUUCAUAAGACCAAAGAAAAAAUAGAAUCUGCUACAGAUGUCCUCAAGGGAGUACUAAAACCUGUAGUUGAUGAUGUUGAAGAGAUUCCCUGGCCUCCCAGAGAUCGUCAAGCCCUCACGUUGAUGGAAAAAGAAAUAAGUCAAAGGGAGCAAGAAGGGCAACUGGAUGAGGGGUUUCUUUCAGAAGUUAGUGCACAACUACGACAGGCAAAAGAAGAUGGAGAUAAGCCAGGGCUUGAGGCUAUGCUGCAAAAGGUUUUGCAGCUCUAUGCUUCCAAGGUUCUGUCAAAACGUAGUUAUGCCAAGAAAGGGGAGGAAGUUUUGAAGGCCGAGCAGUUCCUUGAAACUAUAAUCCAAGCCCCUGAAGAAGAAUGGAACAAUAUUUUGAUCAAAGGGUUGACAAUUGGCGCGGGGGAAGUUUCACCUGAGGAACUCGAUGCUGUAUUAAAGAAACGAAUUGAGCGCACUUUGAUUAGAACGGAGGGAGGUUCUUACCAGCAGCGCAUUCUGACGGAAUAUCUGAAAGGCAUCGAAUCUAGAGCUGAGGACAUUGUUCAAGCUUUUCGGGGGAAACAGCAAUAGCAUUUUUUACAUACCUGAAGAUCAAUUCGAUGCCAUUUAUCAUGGCAAGUUUCUGCUUGAUGCAAGAGGUAAUUCUCUCUUUUGUGGACGAUAUAAAGCGAAUCAACACUUGGCGCGCGUGGAGAAGUUUAAACCUGGUCACUUUUAGCUUGUAAUGUAUACAAUAGGCUAGGCUAGGGGUUAAACUAUAUCUCCUGUUGGAAUCUGGCGAUAAAUUAUUCUUCUUGUAUACUUGGCGCAUGGAUCUGGAUCUUAAUCUGUUUGAGUGGAAUGCAAUUCUAAGUUGAGGGAAAUGUUUGUCUA